AUGGCUUCUAGAAGUAGGUCAGGAAGUAAUUGUUGUUCAUCCCCUUCCAUAACUUCAAACAUGGUUACUGGAAGUUAUCAAUCUGUUAGUGUUUCCCCAAAUGAUAACCAAAACCCUUUACCACCAGUAGGUAACUUACCACCAAUAGAUAAUAGUACCCCAACUGAAACACCUAACUUAGUUCCCACUACAACCCCAACUGAAACACCAAAUCCAGAUCCUGAAUUGGUGGAAGCUACUGCGGGGCUGGGGACUUCUUGCACCUUCGAUUUUAUUAGGUCAAGUUCAAGUCGAUUAGACAAGUUUAGGGAGUUUUCUGUUCUUGAGCACUUGAAUAAGAAUGCGAAUGUUCCCCUAGAUGUGAUCACUAUGUGGAACAGCACUUAUUUAAUGCUUGCUGCGGCAUUAAAAUAUGAGAAAGUGUUUGAUAGGAUGGGUGAUGAAGAUGUGCAGUUUAGGCAUUAUUUUGAGGAGAAAGAUACCAAAGGUAGGAAGAGGACAGGCCCUCCCGUAGAGGCAGAUUGGAGAAAUGCUCAAGCUUUAGUGCAUUUCCUCAAAAAGUUUUACGAGACAACACUCAAAUUGAGUGCUUGGAAAUCAGUUACUGCAAACUUGCAGUUCAAAGAGAUGACCGGCCUUCAAACAGAGAUUGAUAAGAAGGCAAAUGAUGAUUCUGAUGAGGUUUUGCAGAGGGUGGCAGUGGGGAUGAAAGAAAAAUUCAACAAAUAUUGGGGCAGCUUUGAAACCAUGAAUCAAAUCAUGGUGAUUGCAAAUGUCCUAGACCCUCGCUGGAAACUGCAAUAUCAGAAAGCAGCAUUUUUAAGGGUGGGAGUCAGAGCUGGCACCAUUGAGAAGAUAACUAGGGACUUGAAGAACAUUCUGUUGAGAAUGUAUGAUGAGUAUAAGGGCUGUGAGGGGGGUUUAAGUCAACCAAACCCCCAAGAUGGUGUUGCAGUAAUGGAGGGGAUUGAGUUUGAUGAUCUAGAAGAUGGACAAGCUGAGAUACUUGCUGAUCUCAUGCAAGAAAGACUCGAAAAUGAACAUGAAAUGAUAUCCAACGAGGUUGACAAGUACCUUGCAGAUAGAUAUGUCAAUCCUUUAGUCAAAGGGUUUGAUGUUUCACAAUGGUGGAGGGUCAAUGCAGUUGCAUAUCCUAUUCUUUCCAAGCUUGCUAAAGACAUUUUUGCAAUUCCUUGCUCUACUGUGGCAAGUGAGAAUGCAUUUAGCUUGGGAAAAAGGGUAGUUGAUCCCUUUAGGAGUUCACUCACUCCUCAAAUGGUUGAGGCACUAGUUUGCACUAGUGAUUGGUUGAGAGCUGAGUAG